AUGCUGUACUUAUGGUAAUUUUUAACUAUAGGAUUUAAGCAAGGAGAUAUUGUAUGGAAUGACAUAGAAUCGCACAUGUUGUGGUGAUCUGAAGUCGGAUUUCUAUAUAGAGAAUGAUCAUUAAGCUUAAUCUGGCAUUGCCUAUGCACAUGAUCGGAACGAUCACUAGUAAAAUUCCCGCCGUGAAGCAACAAAGUAUCUCGGAGUCAGACUCUUUAAGUUUUUGCAAAAUUAUUUAGACUAGCGAUCCUGAAGAACUCCAGUUCCGAAAACCUCGCAGAAAGAUUUUUUGGGGAAUAAAAAACAACGCUGUAAGAAAAGAAUCGCAUCUUGAAACUUGUCAGAAAUGAGAUGGAAACCUGUUCGAUUUUCAGGAAUUCAAGCGCCCUUAAAACGGUGUUGGCUUUGUUUCUUCAGACGUGUCAUUUCUUAGGAACUGUGAAGUGCAUUGGGGUUUAUCUACCGGAACUGAAGCGGACAUUAGGACUAUUGUCAACUGAUAUUGGUCUUGCUAUUGGAUUAUUCGAAGCACUUUCAUUCGCUCCAGGUCCAGUAAUUGCGUACAUCUAUCGAAGAACCCAUGGCGUGUUCCGGCGAUGUCUUCUGGUGACAGGUGCAAUAUUUGCAACAGGAGGACUCCUUCUGGUAUCCAUUGUAACCAAUGGUAUAGAAUUGGCUGUCUGCUUAUCAGUUUCUGGUCUUGGUUCCAGCAUCCUGUCAAUUUCAUUGGUAAUCAUUCUGAGCGAUCAGUCUGGAGAGGCCUUUGCAGUCUUCUACGGAAUUGGUAAAUCAGGUUACGCCAUCGGAGUGGCUCUAGUUCCCCCGAUCGCAGACUACUUGAUGAGGAUUUAUGGCUGGAGAGGGUCCCUGAUGAUAAUUGGAGGUAUCGUGGCGCACCUUAUACCUUUCGUCUUGAUGGUUGAUUUCGACGUAGAGGGCGUCGUACAGAACGAUUUUGGGUCCUUCUACACUGACGAUGAAGAAAUUGAGGACCAAUUUGAUAGGUCCGAAGAAGAAGCACUUAUCUCCAGACCAAGUAUGAAGGAAGAAACACACAAUGAAGGAGGUAAAUCACAGGUUGGCGGUAUUUACGCUGAAAUAAAACCGGCAAAUAAUGAAAUCGGAUCAGAAAAUGAAAACGCAAAAAUAAGUGAUAUCCAAGAGGUAACACCUGAAAGAUCAGCUACUGGUAAAACAAUCACUGGCUUGUCUAACAUGCACAAUAUGUUAGAAAAGGGAUAUAAGCGAAAACGUUUGAUUGAUUGUUCUAAUUUUAAUAGAAUCUUCACAGACUCCAUAUACAAUCAAGAUCGCUGGAUGACUCUCCUUAUGCUGGUCACACUUGUAUUGCUUAUGGCAGACGCUAGUUGGUUUGCAUAUCUCAUCCCAUGUGCGAUUGCUCUUGAUAUUCCUAUAUCCCAGGUAUUGUGCCUUCCUUAUUCUGCGGGGGCUGGAAUAUUCGUAGCACGAAUUUUAGGCGGAUUCCUUGAGAAAUCUAAGUUUUUAUCUGGCCAAUCCUCGUUUCUUUUCUUUACCUUGCUCAACAUCUUAUCACUUUUGUGGAAUAUCUUCGCUCCAAGAUUUGCUUUCAUGAUUGUGACUACAUUCAUCUCGGCAUUCACGAUUUCCCAACGAAACCUUUUGUCGUUGGUCAUAUGUAAGGACAGAGCUCCUCGGUCACAAUUUCCGGUGAUUCUGGCUUCUUAUGAGAUUGUUUGUGGAAUAGGGCUCUUCCUCGGAUCCUUGUUAUGUGGAUAUGUCGCAGAUGUGAGGGGAUCUUUCAACGCUUCAUAUAUGUUCAUCGCAGGGGUAGAAAUCCUUGAAUUAUGUCUCAUAAUUCCAUCAAUAAUUGCCGAGAAGUUGAAGGAAACCACGGCGAACUAAACGAAAACCCCACAGAAACUACACAAAGGUGUAUACUGGGAAAUACAAAAAGAAGAGGAAAGCCGGCUGGAAAUGUCACCUGCUUAAAAUAAUUGUGCAUUUGUGCUGAUGUUGUGACAUUGAAAUACCAUGUAAAGACAAUAUUGCACAUUACCUCAUAACUAAAUUAUUAAACCGCUACUAUUUCAUGGUUAACUUUGCAAACAUCCUUGGACAAUCGUCAGGCGUAGAUGUACCAGACGAUCUUCAGGGGUAGAUUCACCAGACGAUCGUCAGGGGUAGAUUUACCAGACGAUCGUCAAGGGGAGAUCCACCAGACGGUCAUCAGGGAUAGAUCCACCAGACGAUACAACUGUCGGAACAUAUUUCCGCUUGAGUGAGCAUACGGCAAGCUUCAGUAUUAACCAAGUUUUUAAUGCUUUAUAAUCAUUUUCAGUGCAUGUUUAGUUAUCAUAAGUUUUCCAGUCAUUUUUAUGUGUUUAGCUUUUAUCAUUGAUGAAUCAUGACUUGUAUUCAUUUUCUUGAGCUCAAUUGUCCAUUAUAGAAACAUGUAUUUACUUUGACAUUUUACUUUUUCAUGUUCACAUUUACUAUUACCAUGUAUGCACCGCUUUGUUCCAAUUUACCGAUAGAAAUUUCAUGUUGUAAGUUGUUGAUAUUUUUUAAGAACGGUAUAUAAUUUCUUCGUCUUCUUUUUAUUAUCAUUAUCAUUUAUGUUUC